GGACGCGGCGGCGGCGGGGGGCGGGGCGGCGCGAGUCGCGGGCGGAUGACGCGCGGCCGGCGGAGGGGCGGCCACGUCCUGGGGCGCCGGGCGGGCCGCAAACGCGCCGGAGCCGCAGCCGGAGUCGCGGCCGCCGCCAUGUCCCACCAGACCGGCAUCCAAGCAAGUGAAGAAGUUAAAUAUACGUUUGCCAGAGCAAGAAAUGGAAAAUACAGACUUCUGAAGAUAUCUAUUGAAAAUGAGAAACUUGUGAUUGGGUCAUGUAGUCAGCCUUCAGAUUCCUGGGAUAAGGAUUACGAUGCCUUUGUUUUGCCGCUGUUGGAGGACGAGCAACCAUGCUAUGUAUUAUUCAGGUUAGAUUCCCAAAAUGCCCAGGGAUAUGAAUGGAUAUUCAUUGCGUGGUCUCCAGAUCAUUCUCAUGUUCGUCAGAAAAUGCUGUAUGCAGCAACAAGAGCCACUCUGAAAAAGGAGUUCGGAGGCGGCCACAUUAAAGAUGAAGUAUUUGGAACAGUAAAGGAAGAUGUAUCAUUACAUGGAUAUAAAAAAUAUUUGCUAUCACAGUCUUCUCCUGCCCCAUUGACUGCAGCUGAGGAAGAAUUACGACAGAUUAAAAUCAAUGAGGUGCAGACCGACGUGAGUGUGGACACUAAGCAUCAGACACUACAAGGAGUAGCAUUUCCAAUUUCUCAAGAAGCUUUUCAGGCUUUGGAAAAACUGAGUAACAGACAGCUCAACUACGUGCAAUUGGAAAUAGAUAUAAAAAAUGAAGUCAUAAUCUUGGCCAACACAACAAAUACAGAACUAAAAGAUUUGCCAAAGCGGAUCCCCAGGGACUCAGCCCGCUACCAUUUCUUUCUGUACAAGCACUCCCACGGAGGGGACUAUCUGGAGUCCAUAGUUUUUAUUUAUUCGAUGCCUGGGUACACGUGCAGCAUAAGGGAGCGGAUGCUCUACUCCAGCUGCAAGAGCCCGCUGCUGGGGACUGUGGAGAGGCAGCUGCACAUGGACGUCAUCAGGAAGAUCGAGAUAGACAACGGGGAUGAGCUGACUGCCGAGUUCCUUUAUGAAGAGGUGCACCCCAAGCAGCAUGCUCAUAAGCAGAGUUUUGCAAAACCAAAAGGUCCUGCAGGAAAAAGAGGAAUUCGAAGACUAAUUCGGGGUCCAGCUGAAACUGAAGCCACUACUGAUUAAAAGCUGCAUACUAUGACACUAGUUUUUUUAAAGUCCAGCUUUUAGUACAGGAGAACUGAAAUCAUUCCAUGUUGAUAUAUAGUAGAGUAAAAAUUGUACUUUUUGAAAAACAGCACUUUUCACUUCCUGAGUGUUUUUAAAACUAAUGUUAUAGAAGACUUGUGAUCUCUAUUUUUGAGUUAAAGCUACAAAAGGUUUUGACAUAGUGAUGUUUAUGUUGUUGCACUGUUUUCAUAGAGUGAUGAUUCCACAAUUUCACAUGAUUCUUUAAAUUUUAUACAGUUGGGCCAAUUCCAGAAAUUCUAAUGUCUGAAAGUAAGAUACACUUCUUAUUACUCUUAGUGAGACAGCAUAAUUUUUUUUCUGUAAAGGAGAGAGAAAGACCUUAAAAUAUUCAUACUACUUAAUAAAUCUGUUAAGGACCAGGUUAGAUCAUAUUCUAAGAUGAAAACUUAGCGUGCCUAGGGGGAGGUGAGAGUUUGCUAACUGAGGAGCAGUGCCGGCGCCCCGACUGUGGGCUCUUGUCUGUAGCUUCCAGAAACCCUGCUGUUAUUGCAGCUGUGUUUUCUAUUUGACUUUUUGGUUUUCUAAAUGGCAUUAAUAUUUCAGAAGAUCAGCUCACUCUGAAAUUUAAGGGUACCAGAUAUUUUCUCUACUGCAGGAUUUCUGAUGACAUUGAAAGGCAGUGUUUAAACAUCUUUACUACAUUCUCUUCCUAGUGCUUUAAAACAUUUCCAUUUCAAAAGUAGUUAUUUCAUUAUGAGUAGUGUGGGGCCAAAUAUUUAUGUUCAGAUUGAAUAUUAAGUUAAUAUUCAGAAGCAAAACUAAAGAAUGUUGAAAAGGUUUUAAGUAACAAGAUUGAUUUCUUUCCAAAAUCAUGUAUUUAUAGGCCGAUUGUGUUCCUCACAAAUACUCAGAUUUAAGAAGACUUUGAACGUCUUGGUACUUAAUCAACCUAGUACAGAUUAAACCAUCGGUAUCUUUUUCAAAACACUUUUAGCUGGAUUCUAAAGGCUUGCAUUUUCAGUGACAACCUACAGAAGUUUUGGACCUCAUUUUUCUUGGAUACUUGAACUAGAGGGAGCUGAGCACGUCAUCGUGUUAAAUCUGUUAACCUGCUGCAGGAGCCGUGAUGAUGAGUUUUCUAAAUGAACUGUAGGAAUCCAGGAUUUAGAAUUUCUUGAUCUAAACUUUAUGCUGCAUAAAACAAAUAUGAGAAAUGCACAUUUCCUAGUAUGAAAUACGAAAUGCUCAUUUUUACACCUUACUAGCUAAGGUAAUAUAUGCACCUUUCAGAAAUUCAAUGUGUGUUCAAAUAAAGCAUAUUAGUAUAAUUAUGGGUUAAUGGGUUUUUUCUAGAAUUAAGAGUAUUUGUGUGAGGUUUUGCUUGUUUACAAAUAAUCAGACUGUAAUACUUAAACAUGCAAAAUUAUUGACAAUUUUGCACUUGUUUACUGAAAAUAGACUUUAAGUUGUUCCUAGGUGCACAUGUAGACACACGUUACCACAUUGAGAUCCUUGGGCUGCACUGUAGGCCAUAGCCGAAGCUGUUACUUUCAGUCAAAAAUAAUGUUAACCUGAGGGUAUAAAAUAAUUUCACAGUGAAUGUUUUUCUGUACCAUCAAUGUGCAAUUAUACUUAAAUUCUACACUACAUGAAAGUAAAUGAACAUUCCAGAAUAUAGAUGGGAUGAUAGGGUCUUUAUCAUUAAAUCAACAAUUGCUGAACAUUGGUGAUACACUUAGUGUAACAUUGAGAAUGUGUCUUAGGUGGCGUUGUAACAGUGGGAGGUGAAUGAAGCAUUCCCAGUACAUUUAUAUAGCAGUGGAGAAGUACAUACCUUCUGUGGACAUUUUAUAAGUGCAUUUUAUAUCACAAUAAAAAUUUUUUCUCUUUAAUAAAUUGUGUACUAGGUUGGUUUUCUA